CGGUCUUACCUGUUUCGAUGAUCAGGUAAAACAAGAACGUGCCUCGCAUCGUUAAUCGUCAUAGAAAAAUUUCUAUGGAAAUCAUUAAAUUACGUUAUUCGUUGUUAGAAAGCGAACUUGGCGAAGUUAUUCUACCGAAAUAAUGACAGAAAGAGUAAAUGUGGCGCUAUUUGGUCUUGGCCGUGCCGGUAAAAUUCACUUUAAAAACAUUAUUGAUAAUACUCGAAUUCAUUUAAAGUAUAUCGUAGAAGAACGUCUUGAAGAAGCGGAGAAAUUUGUAAAUGAAUAUGGUUUGACGAACACUAGUGUACUUCCUGGUGAAUUUAUUAACACUGUCCUAGAAGAUAACUUUCUACAGGCUUGUGUAAUCGCAACGCCAACACAGACUCACGAGAAGCUUGUAAUGGCAAGUUUGGAAGCUGGCAAAGCAGUGUUUUGUGAGAAGCCUUUGGCUAACAGUGUAGAAGCUAUUGCAAAAUGUUAUGAUGAAGCUAAAAAGAAAGGUUUACCUCUGAUAUGUAGCUUCAAUCGUCGUUUUGAUCCUGGUGUGAAAGAAAUUGUUAAUCGCACAACAUCAGGAGAAUUGGGACAGAUUCAAACUGCUAAGAUGACAAGUCGCGACUCUCCUCUUCCCCCUUUGGAAUAUCUCAGGACAUCAAAUGGAAUAUAUCAUGAUUGUGCUGUCCAUGAUAUUGAUGUGCUCAUGUGGAUAUUUGGGGAACGACCUUGUAGUGUGUAUUCAACUGCACAUAGUUUUAUCAAAGAAAUUGAAGAAAUGAAUGAUGUUGACACUGUGGCAAUAGUUUUAAAAUUUCCCAGUGGUGGAAUUGGUUUGAUUGAUAUUUCAAGGUUUGCUUGUUUUGGCUAUGAUCAAAGACUUGAAGUGUUUGGAAAAAAAGGAAUGUUGGUACAACACAACUAUUCACCAUCAACUGUCGAGUUCUCUGGCAAGAAUGGAUCAUCUACCGGUAGAAUCCAUCACUCAUUUCCAGAUAGAUAUGAAAAAUCGUACAUUCAUGCCCUUAAUCAUUUUGUUGAUGUAAUUAAUGGGAAUUGUUUGUCAGAAAUUACAAAAGAAUCAACAUUGCUUGCCUGUGAAGUUGUUGAUGCUUGUGAGAAAUCUCUAAAAACUGGACAAGCCGUACUGCUCUAAUGUGUUCAAAACAAUCUAUUCUUUAUUUUUAUUAAUUAGUAGUAGUCUCUGUUGUUUUUGUAUUAAAAUUAAAUGCAUCUUGUCAAUAUAAUAUAAUUUUAUGUUUGCAUACAAUAUAGCUUUGUAAUGAUUGUAGAAAAUCAAAUUUUUGGGUGAUUAUCUUUGCCUUUACUAAAAAUGUACUAAAAAACAAAAAAUAAUACAUUAAAUCAUGCAGUAAUGUGUUA